GGACAGAUGGAGCCGGGUGUUGCACAUUGGGCACUUGAUCUUGAGAAUUAUUUUCGAACUAUAAUCCGGUAGGCAGAAACCAGUUUUUGUUGUGUUUUGACUCGUUAACUUGAUAGAGAAAUGUGAUCGUGGACCGUUAUGUCACGCUUGAUGUACCGACUCACUCUCAAUUGUUGUUUCAUGAAGAUAGAUCGAGGAUAUUUAUUGUUGCUUCGAUCUAUUUUAUGGUCAGAGGAUAGUUGAGUUACAGAGGUUGCGGAUUCGGUACGUGAUGCCGGCGGCGCAUCUGACGCUGCGAGAAGAGGACGUGGUGCGACUGACCCUCGAGUUCCUUCACGGCCGUGACCUUCACAUCACUCAGCUCUCACUUGAACGAGAGACCGGUGUGAUAAAUGGUCAGUACAGUGAUGACGUUCUCUUCCUACGUCAGCUGAUUCUAGAUGGACAAUGGGACGACGUGCUGGAAUUCAUUCAGCCGCUAGAGGCAUUACCUGAUUUUGACAUGAAAAAAUUCACCUACUCAAUUUUACGUCACAAAUAUGUCGAAUUACUUUGCAUUAAAUCAGAGGCUAAUAUUAUCAUUGCCGGUACCAACGGCAGUGUUGAUAAUGCUGUCGAGGAGGUUGUAAAAGUCUUGAGUGAUCUUGAAAAAGUAGCACCUUCCAAAGAAGAAUACAGUAGCCUUUGUUUGCUACUGACAUUACCACGACUAACUGAUCAUUUGCAGUACAAGGAUUGGAAUCCAAGUAACGCCCGAGUCCAAUGUUUCAGGGAAGUCCACUCCCUUGUUGAAAAAUUUUUACCCGGUGACCGAAAGACUGAUCCAAGUCAUCCCAUUGCUUCGGCUAAAAAUGACCGACUUAUUCAAUUAAUUAUCAAGGGAAUUUUGUAUGAGUCAUGUGUUAAUUAUUGUCAAGCUAAAGCCACUGGCUCCAAGGAGAGCGAACAGGUUGAAAUGAGCUUCUCUAGAUUACUAGACGGAUCAGUUGGGUUCAGUGACUCAGACUUAAGUUUACUGUCUUGGUUGCAAAGUAUACCGCCAGAGACAUUUGCGGUGCCGUUCGCCCAGAGGACAUUGAACGUAGACGUUGAGAGACUUGAGAGACCAUCUUUGGAGACGUCAUGGACUGAACAUAUGCUGAUAACUCCAAUAAAACCAAAGACCUUCCCACACAGUGCGAUGCCAUUUACCAGGCCACGUUCUGCUGCUGAUAUGAUGUCGAGAAGUCUCGUACCGGCACUGGAAGCCGGUUUGGGUCCACGUAGUCCUGGGCCUAGAAAUACAACACUACCAUCAGCCGCACUAAUGGCGCUUUCAACUGGUGAUAUUAAUCCCAUGUCACGAUCAUCAUUUGCUAGUUUUCAUUUGACUGGAUUCAAAAAUAACAAGAUAAUGAAUACAAGUGUCGACAGAUUAUUUGAAAAUGAAGGCGAUGUAUUUCUCAGCUCAAGUUAUGUUGAGUUUCAACAACAGUUACCGUCAAUACAAGAGACUAUUGCUAAUGCGCAGGCUAAAACAGCAGCUAGAGCACGCGGACAAUCCCAAAGUCCUGAAGGACAUAAAACAAAUCCAUCGUCAGCAUCAACACCAGAAAGACGUUUGCCAGGUCGUGAAUCACCAGCUCUGUCAACUGCAAGAAGUUCAAGACGUGAUUCUUUAGCUGAGAAACCAACUGGUAUUGCUGCUAAAAUACCAGAGCCCACAGUGAUACCAGCACGUGGUGUUGUAGCUGGUGAUAAUCUUGAUCAAAGUUACAAUGGUGAUUUAUUUAAAGAGUACCAGAAACAAAAACAAAAAUUACAAGAAACAAUCCAACAAAAGGAACGAGAACGCGACGAACUUGUAAGACAACUAUCUGCCCCUAUUUCAGCGCAAUUGGUUGACAAUAGACUGCAAAAUGAAACUGGAAAAACACACAUAGCAAGUAAAGGACAUUCACCAAUUCCUUCAAGUACACCAAACAGAUCAGGAAUUCAGUCACCAAAACCUAUGCUAAAUGGAUCAAAUUUAAUUUCACACAAUUCAUCAGCAACUAGCGUGUACGAGUCGAGAAUCCAAGAAAGCCACUACGACACCGUUAAGCCGCUUAAGCCGGAACCGCGAUCGGAACUUGAUUCAACAAAUGGAAGUAGUCAUAAUGGAAGACCGAGAUUUGUUCCUGUCACGGCACUCGAAGAUGUACAGGCUGUCAGAUGCGCAGAAUUUCAUCCUCAUGGUAAACUUUAUGCAGUUGGAUCCAAUUCAAAGACUCUUAGAAUAUGCGCUUACCCAAAACUUCAUGAUGUUCGUGAAGAUCAUCAAACCUAUCAACCAACAGUACUUUUUAAGAGAACAAAGCACCAUAAAGGCUCGAUAUACUGUCUCGCAUGGACACCUGAUGGUCAAUUAAUGGCUACUGGUAGUAACGAUAAGACCGUUAAAUUGAUGCGAUUUAAUGCAGACACUUCGAAUCUCGAAGGUCAAGAAGUCGAACUAACGAUGCACGAUGGAACAGUACGUGAUUUAUGUUUCCUCGAGGACACAUCAAACAAAUCUAGCCUCUUGAUAAGCGGUGGUGCUGGUGAUUGUAAGAUUUACGUAACCGAUUGUGCUACAGGAACACCCUUCCAAGCACUCAGUGGUCACAGCGGUCACGUCCUCACCCUUUACAAUUGGGGAGGUGCCAUGUUCGUCAGCGGCUCGCAAGAUAAGACUGUAAGAUUUUGGGACUUGCGUACAAGAGGGUGUGUUAACAUGGUGACACCUGCAACAGUACCAGGCAGCAGGGAUUGGAUUUAUUUACAGGUGGGCAGUCCAGUGGCAGCAGUUUGUGUUGAUCCAUCGGGUAGAUUACUUGUUUCUGGUCACGAAGAUAGUAGUUGUGUAUUAUUUGAUAUUAGAGGAGGUAGAACUGUUCAAUGUUUCAAACCCCAUGCCGCAGAUAUCAGAAGCAUUCGCUUUUCACCGUCAGCUUAUUAUUUAUUAACUGGUGGUUAUGAUAAUAAACUCGUUCUUACGGAUCUUCAACGUGAUCUGACAUUGCCAUUACCAAGUGUCGUCGUUGCUCAACAUCAAGACAAAGUUAUUUCAGGACGUUGGCAUCCAACAGAAUUUUCGUUCCUCAGUACAUCUGCCGACAAAACAGCAACACUUUGGGCUCUUCCACCCGUCUAAUAAAAAAAAAUAUUCACUUAUAUUUUUAUUAAUUUAUAAAUUUUAUUUCCUACUACUUUACAAUAAUUAUAUUAUUAUUUAUGUUAUACUUUAAAUAAUUUGCAACAAUCACGCAAUUAAAUUCGCACAAUUGUCCAUGACCAAUGAUAAUUAAUUUAAAUUUUUGUUCUUUAAAAAAAAAACUAAAUAAAUAAAGCGCGUACUUUUCAUAUAAUUACGAUAAUUAUUACUAUUAAUGUUAUUAAUUAUUGAUCGAUACUUCGUAAUCCGGACGUUAAAAUAAUAAUAAAGACUGGAUCGUAAUACGCUACAGUUUAAAAUAACAAAAAACAAAUAGUAAAACAAGUUUGAGAUUACGGGUCUUUUUUUUUCUUCAUUAAUAAAUUUAAAAAUAAUGUAAAUAAAUCUGUGAGCUUGGAAAUGUUUUUUUUUUUAGUAGUCACUUUAUGUACAGUAAUUAUUAACUCAUUAAUUGAUUAAUUAAUUAAUUAAUUGGAUAAUUAACUUUAAGAAUAACUCUUCAUACUCUUGUAUUUUUUUUUAUACAUAUAUAUAUUUAUAUUUAAUAAUUUGUUGAACAAAGAAAUAAUUUAAAUUCUAAAUUUGUUAUGAGUAGUUUGUUUUUUAAAAAUAGUUUUAUGUGUAAAUCAUAAUAAUAAUUAUUUAAUUAAAGUAUUACUAAAAUAUAUUUAAAAAUAAAAUCUGUAUUUUUUUUUUUAUUACUAAUUAAAGAAAAAUAUUUGGGAAAUUUUUUCAAAAUUAUUUAAUUACAGGAGUUAAAUUAUUAUUAAAAAAAAAAGUACGUAAUUAAAUAUCAUAAAUUAGAAAGAAAAAUGAAUUGUAAGCUUGAGUUAUAAAAGCGAGGAAAUAUAAACAGUGGAAAUAUAUAAAUUAUAAAAAAAAAAAAAAAAAGUAAUCAGUAUAAAAAUUAUAAUAAUCUAAAGUCAUUAAUGUAUUCAAAAUAUAAAAUAAACAAUAAAAAAUGAAAUUGUAUUAAGCAGACAUAAAUUCAUAAGCAAUCAUUAAAAUUAUUAAAUUAUUUUUUUAAAUAUCUGCGCAAAAAUAACACAUUGGAAAAUGUAACGAUAAAAAAAUUUAUCGCCUUCAAAUUAUCAAAAUAUUAAAUGAUAAAAAAAUGCUGACAGUUCACUGUGCCUUGAGUCAUGGCUACUUUUUGUUAUUUUUAAAACUGAAAUAUAUUAUUUGUUUAUUUUAUAUUAUACUCUACUUUUGUACAUUGCAAUAUUAUUUUUUCCGCUAUGUUUAAUAUAUAUAUAUAUAUAUUUAAUAUAUUUAAUUAAAGGGAUUACUAUCGUAUAAUAACUUAUAACUUUGUACUUUUUCUGUAGAUA